AUUAUAUACAUUUAUUUAAAUAUAUUAUAAAAAACUAAUAAAAAUUAAUAAAAUGAGAGUUUUAGUAUUACUUGUUGCCUUAAUAUUCCUUUCAAGAGCCAAUGCCGAUUAUUCUUCAGCUUUUAUCUCUGGUACUGGAUGUGAUGCCGCUGGUGUAGAGGUAAAGUUUGAUGGAACCUGUGUAGCAGGUUGUGGUGCCUAUUUCAAAAUUAAUGCUGCCGGUACAGAAUUCACAAGAUUCACCCAACCCAAUUGUGCUGAUAGUCCAGCUCCAGGUCCACAAAGUCUUACAUGUGUUACUGGAAAUGGUCCAGUUUCACUUUCUGAUGGUCUUACAGCUCAAUGUAUUGAUACCGCUACACCAACCCCAACAUUUACAUACAAUGGUUUCAAUAUUACAGGAGGAAGUGCUGCAAAUGCAUGUUCAGGAAUUGUCUACUAUGGUGUUGUCAACGGUCCAUGUACUGCUGGUUGUGGACGUUAUUUCAAAAUCUCUAACCCAUAUCCAAAAGUAACCACAACAACUUACAAUAUCCAAUGGUUCACUGAUAGUGCUUGUGCAACCUCCGCUGGUGAUAGAUCCCAAUUUACAUGUAGUUCCAAUGAAGUAACCGUAGGUGAUUAUAAGAUCACUUGUAGCACCCAAGGUACCCCAGCCCCAACUUCAAAUCCAACCGUCUCUCCAACUGUCACACCAACCGCCACAACCACUGGUAGUGCUUCAUCAGUUAUCUGCAAUGUUGCCCUUUUAUUAGUUGCAUUAUUAUUUGCAUUACUUUAAAUUUUUAUUAACAUAUAAAAAUUUUAUCUAAUUACCAAAUAUAAAUAUAAAUAAAAAAAUAAAUAAAUAAAAAAUUUAAGAUUUUAAAAAAGAAAAAUUAUAUAAUUUUGCCAUCAU